AUGGAAGGAACUAAUAUAGCUCAAGUUUUGUAUGCAACAGUAGAUCCAAAUAUAAAUAUUCGAUCAGAAGCAGAAACUAAGUUGAAGCAGGCAAAAGAAACCAACUUUGUCCAAUAUAUAAAUCAAUUAUCUAAUGAAUUUUGUAAAAGUCAAAAUGAUCCUUACCUGAGACAAAUUGCUGGGUUGCUAAUUAAGAAUGCUUUUGCUUCCAAGGAUAAUUAUGAAAAUGAAGAAAAAGCAAGAACUUGGAUUAAUUUUCCAGAAGAAAUAAAAAAUGAAUUAAAAAAUUCUUUAUUACAUUUAUUAAGUCAACAAGGGGAAAAAGUAGUCAUAGGGACAGCUUGUCAAAUUAUUUCCUUAAUAGCAAAGAUUGAAUUAUCACAUAAUAAAUCAUCUGAAUUAUUACACAAAUUAGUAAAUAAUAUCAUUGAAAAAAAUGCAUAUACGAAAAAGUCAUCCACCGUAUGUUUAGCAUAUUUAACAGAAGACAUUGCUGAUAUUUGCAAUGAUAGCAAAACAAAAUAUGUAUUUACACAACCAGAUUUAGAUUUAAUAUUAACAGCAAUUAUAAAUUCUUUAUGUGAACCGGGGGAAGAAGAAUCAAUACAUUGCGCUAGCAUGAAAGUAUUAUACAAUUUAAUGUCAUUUAUUGAUCAGAAUUUUAAAACACAAGUAGAAAGAGAUAUAAUCAUGAAAACUGUUAUUGAUGGGUGUAAAGAUAGUGAAAGAUCUACAGUACAAAUAGCAGCAUAUGAAUGUUUAAUUAAUAUUGUUAGUUAUUUUUAUUCCUAUUUAGAUGCAUAUAUGUAUGCAAUAGGUCCAUUAACAUGGGUAGCUAUUGAAUCGGAUAACGAAAGAAUAGCUAUCAGUGCAAUUGAAUUUUGGAACACUGUAUGUGAAGAAGAAACUUUUAUAGAUCAAUAUGAAUUACAAGAAGGGAAAAAAAAUCAUAAUAUAGUUAAACAGGCAAUGGUUUUUCUUUUGCCAAAAAUAUUUAAUGCUAUGAUAACACAAGAAAGUGAAGAUAUUGAUAUUGAUGCCUGGACUUUAUCUAUGGCAUCAGCAACAUUUUUAGCCCUAAGUGCACAAUUAUUGAAAAAUGAUAUAGUAGAACCAGUUAUAUCAUUUGUAGAAGAAAAUUUUAUUCAUGAAGAUUGGCGAAGGAGAGAUGCAGCUGUAUUAGCAUAUGGAUCUAUUAUGGAAGGACCCGAUACGGAAAAAUUAAAACCGUUAGUAGAAGAAUCUGUAGGUCAACUUUCUGAAGUUUUGAGAGAUCCAUCUGUUUCAGUACGUGAUACUGCAGCAUGGACAAUAGGAAAGAUAACAACAUAUCAUUCCGAAAUAAUUUACAAUGUGCUAGGGAAUUACAAUGAUAGCAAUUCAUUGUAUGGAAUAUUGUUAGAAAGACUAAAUGAUUACCCAAGAGUAGCAGCGAAUGUUUGUUGGGUAUUCAAUCAAUUGGCUGCUAAUAAAAGAAGUUCAUAUAACAAAAUAACAAAUACUUGCACAACUGAAUUAGAUGAUUCUUUUUGUGUAUUAUGUAAAAAAUUAAUAGAUGUUACUUCUAGAGAAGAUGCAGACACAAGAAAUUUAAGAGAAGCUGCUUUUAAUGCACUUAAUGUAGUUAUAGACAACGUAUCAGAUAACUGUCUUAAAUAUAUGAUAGAAUUAUUAUCACACAUGAUGUAUUUGUUAACCAACACUUAUCUCAACCCACUAACAGAAGAAGUUAAGUCUUUGCAAGGUUAUUAUUGUGGCACUAUGCAAUUUAUUAUUAAUAGACUAGGAAAUCAAUGUAAACCCUUUUUGAAACCAAUUUAUUUAAGCAUAUUUAGAUUAUUUGAAAUCAGAACAGAUAUAUGUGAAGAUGCUCUACUAGCAUGUAGUGCAAUAAUAAAUGUAAUGGGAGAAGAUUUCAGGGAACAUUUAAAAACUUUUCUAAAUGUUAUAUUUAAAGGAUUAAGAAAUGUGUCAGAAACAUCUACUUGUAAAAUAUGUAUAGAAAUGAUAUCAGAUAUAUGUAUCCCGUGGACAUUUGAAUUUGAAAAAGAAAUGGAAUUAAUAUUAGAAUGUUUAUGGGAUGCGCUAAAAACCUUUGGAGUACACGAUUCGAUAAAAAUUAGUAUCCUAACAGUGUUAGGUGACAUAGCUACAGCAUUAAAUAGAAGUUUUUCAAGAUAUUUAAAUUUUUUCGCUAAUAUUUUAGCAGAAACAUCGAAAAUUACUAUCAGUUCAGGACCACCAGAAAGUGAUGAUUGGGUUAAUUAUGUUUUUGAAUUAAGAGAUGCUAUAUUAUUAACAUAUAGUAAUAUUAUUUAUGCAUUAAUUGAUGGAAACGAAAUUGUCAAAUUAAAAGUUUAUAUACCAAAUAUACUAGACCUCAUUGAAAUAAUUUUAAUAAAAGAAAUUAAUCAUUUUAAUGCUCAAAAUUUUCAAAAUGCUGUAUCCUUGUUGGGAGAUUUAGUUCAUGCUUAUGGUUAUGAAUUAAUUGAAAAUUCAAAAUUAACUGAUUUAAUUAUAUCAGUUUAUGGAAAAAUAGAUAUUUUAUCAAGUCAAGGAGAUGAGAAAUGUGAAUCCUGCGUUUUGAAAAUUAAGUGGCUCAAGAGAAUAUGCAAUGCAAGGCUGAGUCAGAAGUGA